GUGUAUCUAUUCUAUCCCACGCCUCCCCAUCUCUCUCUCUCUCUCCCCCCCCCCCUCCCUCCACAACGCCAAACUCACAAAACUGGUUCCUGACGCCACAAGCUUCGGUUUUGGUCUGCAACGUAAUACCAUCAUGGUUGAGAAGGACGACCUGGGUUUGAGUCUCAGCUUGAGCUUCCCCAACAAACCUCCUAAUAAUCCUCUGCACCUCAAUCUCCUCCCUUCUUCUAUUACUUCUCCUGCUUCCUCCAAUCUUCCCAAACCCUCUUGGAACGACGCCUUCGCCUCCUCAGAUCGGGAUUCUGAGACAUGCAGAGGCGAGGGAAGAUCUUUCCUGCGAGGAAUCGACGUGAACCGAUUGCCUUCCGGGGUGGACUGCGAAGAGGAGGCCGGCGUUUCGUCUCCGAACAGCACGAUAUCGAGCGUCAGUGGCAAGAGAAGUGAGAGGGAGCCCAACGGAGAAGAGCAUGACGCCGACAGAGACUGCUCUCGAGGAAUCAGUGACGAAGAAGACGGCGAAACCUCCAGGAAAAAGCUCAGGCUUUCGAAAGAUCAAUCCGCUAUUCUCGAGGAAAGCUUCAAAGAGCACAAUACCCUCAAUCCCAAGCAAAAGUUGGCACUCGCAAAGCAGCUGGGCCUUCGACCGAGACAAGUAGAGGUCUGGUUCCAGAACAGAAGGGCAAGGACCAAGCUGAAGCAAACUGAGGUAGACUGUGAGUUCUUGAAGAGAUGCUGUGAGAAUCUGACGGAGGAGAACAGGCGGUUGCAGAAGGAAGUUCAAGAGCUUAGAGCGUUGAAACUCUCUCCGCAACUAUACAUGCAAAUGACCCCACCCACGACCCUCACCAUGUGCCCGUCAUGCGAGCGAGUCGCCGUGCCGCCCUACGCGGCCGCCGCCGCCGGUGGCAACCGCCCCCACCCGAUAGCCCAGACGCACCCUCGGCCCAUUCCCGUUGGCCCGUGGGCCACUGCCGCAGCUCCCAUAGCUCACCGGCCCUUUGAUUUGCUGCACCCUAGAUCGUGAUGGUACACGACGAGGGCACUUUGGACAUUUUGAACUCGAACGUGUACGGCCUGGGAAAAUGGGGAAAUAGAUGGAAUUGGGGACACGGGAGUUAUUGUAUGUUGGGGUCUAUAAGAUAUGGUUGGUAGGGGAAAUGAUUUGGUGGGUUUCGGUUGUUUUGUACCGUUUCGACCCACCAAUGUUGUUUUUGCUCCGGGUGGUGUACGUAGUUCUUAGGAUUUGGCUAGUUUGUAUGACUUCCCAUUUUCCCAUCCCGAAGAGUAAGGGGUGACUCUGUAAAUUGCAGCGGUCUAAUAUAAAUUUUCCGUUUGCGGAA